AUGUAUCACGUGAUCUUCCCGCCUAUUUGGCGGGAAAUAGUAGAAAAAUGGCCGCCUCUGAGUUGUCAUCUCCAAAGGGAAGGCCGUGGAAUCCUCCUAGAAAAGACUUGACUAAAGGGUUUAGUCGUAGUUCCAAGAUGCUGGCAGCAGCUUUCAAUAGUAGUAAUAAAGAAAAUAAGUCAAAUUUCUACAACAGUGGUCAUACUAAUCCUUUUAAAAUACCGGAACGCCAAUUGACAAGUCCUCAAGGAACUAAAAGGUCACUGUCUCUCUCUCCACUCCCUCCUCCCAUCCCUCACCCAAAAAGGGCACUUCUGACACCAAACAAAAUGACAAGAGAUCCAACACUACCUUCACCUCCUAAACGCUCAAAAACAGACUCACCUGAAGGAUUUAUCAAUUUAGGUAACACGUGUUAUCUCAAUGCUGUCCUCCAGUCUCUUCUCUCCUUGAGAUGUUUUGCACUCGAUAUUGUUCAGUCGCACAAAGAGUCUCCGUCUUUAUCAAACAAGUCUCUCUUUCGUAUGUUAUUUCUACUCGUUAAGGCUAAGUACAGUGGGAGUGGCCUUGACGGUCAGAUAAUCCUCAUCAAGGACAUCAGAAGAAUCAUUAGGGAGAGAGCUAAGAAUUUUUAUGGUUUCAAUGAGCAGGAUGCACACGAAUUGUUGACUCAUUGCUUAAGUAUGUUGCGGUCUGAUAUAUCAGCUCUUAAAGAUUCUAAGGUGUUCAGUCUCUGCCCAGUUGAGAUUAAUUUCAAGAGCAGUAUAGAGCAGAGUUUGAAGUGUACUGUUUGUCAUUCCACUGUAAAUAAAUAUGAAGAAGUCUUAGAUCUCUCUCUUCACUUUACAACUGGUAGUCGCAAUAGUCUACAAGAAUUAUUAGAAGAUUAUUUCAAGAGUGAAACUGUUGAGUACAAGUGUCACAGUUGUUCUAACUCAUCUUGUACUCUAUCAAGAAAGCUAUCAGCCUUACCAAGAGUACUCAUACUUACUCUUAAGAGGUACUCUCUUAACGAUCGCGGCAGUUGUGACAAGAAUCUUGACCCUGUUCGAAUCCCACGUCAUUUAAAUCUAGCACCCGUUUCUAAUCCUGACCCAAUACUCUCCUCUCCUUAUGAUAAUAAACAAGAUGUGCUUGGGCAAUUGAUGGGUAAGAAACUAGAGACUGUAAUAGCAGAGAAAGAAAUCUCUCCUCAAGAGAAAAGACAUGCAUUACCAUACAGACUUACUAGUAUCAUUAGUCACUUUGGAAAUAAAUCAUCCAGUGGUCAUUAUGUUAGUGAAGUUCAUUGUCCACUGACCAAUACUUGGUGGCAUUGCAAUGAUUCGCAUGUUUCAAUGACAACAGAAGAGGAGGUUCGACAGCUUCAUCAGACAAAGGCAUACAUCCUGUUUUAUAUUGCAAUCAAUCGAUAAAUCAUUCAUCAAAUAUUUAAUAUGUUUAAUAAGUGUGUGUACAUGUAUGAAUGUGUAUUGUUGUUUUAGUCGAUUAAAAAAUUUAUAAUGAUUUCCUGUUUCACACCCACUUUGUGAGGCACUUGUAAAUUAAAUGGCUCAUGUACAAGAUCACUAUAAUGUCAUUGCUCAAGAGUAUGACUUCUUUUAUGACCAUAUGUAUGAAAAACUAGCCGAAGCAUCUUGUAAGUGGCUCAAACUGCUACCAACUGAUUCACUGGCUGACAUUGGAGGUGGUACUGGAGCUGUCAGCUCUUUAAUAUGGAAGAAAGCAAAUCUUGAGCAACCAGUACUAGUUGUAGAUCCAAGCCCUGAAAUGUUGCAGCCAGCCAGUAAAAGGGAAGGGGUCCUCACUUUGGAGGCUACGUUUGAUGACUUUAUCAGUUCACAUCCACACACCAUCUCGAAAUAUAAUAAGUUUGUUUUUAACGGAUGCAUUUUACUCUUCCCUAAUCUUGAAGCCUCAAUUGCUGCAUUUUACAAGCUACUGAAGCCUGGGGAUCAAUUACUGAUUGUUCAGUACAAUAUUUUAAUCUGGAAAGAGAACCUGAGGACGAGUUGGGAUUCAUUGAAUGAGCUCGAGGAGUUCCAUAAACGAGCUGGCUUUUGUGUAGAGAGAGGAAAAGAGUCUCAUUCUCAUAGCUACUCAAGAGAAAAGUAUUUUAUUCUCUACGUCAUUGCUGCUACACAGCACUAAGCUUAUUUACUGACGAGGAAAUUGAAGUGGGAAUCAAAGAACUUGAUGAAACUGUUUUUAAAGGAGAAUCACUCAAAGAAUUAACUGAUUUUUAUUAUAGUUGCAACUAAAACAUAACUAUGUGCCUUACAAUUUCGUAGCACAUGCUCUUUAACUUCAAAAUUUAUGCAUAUUGAUGUCCUUAUACUAUUUGAGUAUUUAAAUCUUAUUACUAAAGCCCAAGAAA